UUCUGCAAUCCCAUGGCGACGUACUUGGAAUUCAUCCAGCAAAAUGAGGAGCGUGACGGAGUGCGUUUCAGCUGGAACGUGUGGCCCUCCAGCAGGCUGGAGGCCACAAGGAUGGUUGUCCCUCUGGCCUGUCUUCUGACCCCGCUGAAGGAGCGUCUUGACCUGCCGCCUGUGCAGUAUGAACCAGUGCUUUGUAGCAGGCCAACUUGCAAAGCGGUGCUCAACCCACUCUGCCAAGUUGACUAUCGGGCCAAGCUCUGGGCUUGUAACUUCUGUUUUCAGAGAAAUCAGUUCCCUCCAGCAUAUGCAGGCAUAUCUGAAGUCAAUCAACCAGCAGAGCUUAUGCCUCAGUUUUCAACGAUUGAAUAUAUAGUGCAGCGAGGUCCGCAGACGCCAUUAAUCUUCCUGUAUGUUGUCGACACGUGCUUGGAAGAGGACGACUUGCAGGCACUGAAGGAGUCCCUCCAGAUGUCCCUAAGUCUGCUGCCUCCCGACGCUCUGGUGGGGCUUAUCACUUUUGGCAGAAUGGUCCAGGUUCACGAGCUGAGCUGCGAAGGGAUUUCCAAGAGCUACGUGUUUAGAGGCACGAAGGACCUGACAGCUAAGCAAAUACAGGAUAUGCUUGGGCUUUCAAGGCCAGCUGUCCCCAUUCAACAGGGAAGACCUCUUCAAACUCCAGAGCAACCUGUUAUUUCAAGCAGGUUUCUGCAGCCGGUACAUAAGAUUGACAUGAAUUUAACAGAUCUACUUGGAGAACUGCAAAGGGACCCAUGGCCGAGGCCUUUACGUUCCACUGGAGUAGCUCUUUCAAUUGCUGUUGGCUUAUUGGAGGGCACUUUUCCGAACACAGGGGCCAGAAUAAUGCUGUUUACAGGUGGGCCACCAACACAAGGGCCGGGCAUGGUGGUAGGAGAUGAACUGAAAACACCCAUCCGUUCUUGGCAUGACAUAGAGAAGGACAACGCGAGGUUCAUGAAGAAGGCCACCAAACACUACGAGACUCUGGCUAAUCGCACUGCAGCCAACGGGCAUUGCAUCGACAUCUAUGCCUGUGCCCUGGAUCAGACCGGACUGCUAGAGAUGAAGUGUUGUGCAAACCUCACCGGAGGGCAGAUGGUGAUGGGAGACUCCUUCAACACUUCUCUCUUCAAGCAGACCUUCCAGCGGGUAUUUAACAAAGGGUUCAAUGGGGAAUUUCGGAUGGCUUUUGGUGCAAGUUUGGACGUGAAGACCUCUAGGGAGCUGAAAAUUGCAGGAGCUAUUGGACCAUGCAUAUCCCUGAAUGCUAAAGGACCAUGUGUCUCUGAAAACGAGCUUGGAAUUGGAGGAACAUCUCAAUGGAAAAUUUGUAGUCUGGAUCCCAGCACAACUCUGGCCAUUUACUUUGAAGUGGUAAAUCAGCACAAUGCACCAAUACCUCAGGGAGGCAGAGGAGCAGUGCAGUUUGUCACUCAGUAUCAACACUCCAGUACACAGAAACGCAUCCGUGUCACCACCAUAGCCAGAAAUUGGGCAGAUGCACAGAGUCAGCUCCAGCAUAUAGAAGCUGCGUUUGACCAGGAAGCAGCUGCUGUGCUGAUGGCACGACUGGGAGUGUACCGAGCUGAAUCCGAGGAGGGACCUGAUGUUCUGCGAUGGCUGGACAGACAGCUGAUCAGACUGUGUCAGAAAUUUGGACAAUACAACAAAGAUGAUCCCAACUCCUUCAGAUUGUCAGAGUCAUUUUCUUUGUAUCCCCAGUUCAUGUUCCAUCUGCGACGCUCCCCAUUCCUGCAGGUCUUCAAUAACAGUCCAGAUGAAUCUUCUUAUUACCGUCACCACUUUGCUAGGCAAGAUCUGACCCAGUCUCUCAUUAUGAUCCAGCCCAUCCUUUAUGCUUAUUCUUUCCACGGACCUCCUGAG